AUGCAAUUAAAAGUUCAGAACUUAAUCAGGAAUAACCAAUGGAAUAUACAUCCUCAGUUGCAGCAUUUCUUACAGUAUGAUAGUUUGCCUCAGAUCCAUAGUGGAAGUGAUUCCAUAAUAUGGAACCUACAUACAAGUGGUCUGUUCAAUAAUGCAAAGGCAGUGGAGAAAAUAAGACACAAGGAAGACAAGGUAGAAUGGUGUUCUUAUAUAUGGAGAAAAUCCUUGCAUCCAACUAUUGCCAGCAACAUUUGGAAACUUCUGCAGGGAGUUUAUGUGAAUGAUGACAUGAAAAGAAAGCAGGGAUAUGAAAUGCCUUUUAGGUGCUGUAUCUGCAAAUCAGAACAGGAUUUUAUGAAGCAUACACUGUGGCUUUGUGAAUUCAGUGUUCAGGUUUGGAAUUGGAUUAGCAAUAUGUUUCAAUUUCCCAGGCCAUACUCUUUUUCAGAUGUUUUCUCUGCAGCAAAACAACACAGUCCUUUCAUUGAUGAAGUAUGGACUGUUUCUUCUUGUACUGUCAUUAAGGAACUAUGGUUUCAAAGAAACAGGAUUUUGUUUGAAGGUGGUGAUGUUAACUUUCAUGGCUUCAAGCACAGGAUAAUGAAGACAGUCAAAGAACAUGGAGUUAGAAUAAGAGGAGUUAGAUGGAAUAACAACUAUGAAAAUCAAAUUCUUAGUUACCUUAAAAUUGAUUCUUAA